AUGGAAGCUAGCACUUUUAUUGGACAUUUCGAGACAAGCUGGACAUCAUUUGGCCAAAGCUUCACUUCUGAUGAUUCAUUGGAUAAGUCGGGAAUUUCAAAGCAGAAUGUCUCGUUUUCGGCGCUCGUUGAUCGUAUGCCAAUACCUGUAACAAUUUCGAGUCUACUUGCAAACAUCAACGAUUCCAGCGAUCACUACGUCGUCGCCUUUUAUAGCUUCUCAACAGUUCAAAUCAUCGGCACCGUGCUUUCAAUGGAGGAAUCGAACGGCGCUUCGAUUUACACACUACAAGAUCCCGAGUUUCCCGCGAAACAAAUCAUCGUCCAAAAGUAUAGCAGCAAUGAAAACACAACCAACGACGACGACAUGAUCGUCGAGGGCAUUCGCAUCAGAUGCAUCGGAAAAAUUAAAGAAUUCGAAGGAAAUUUGAUUUUAAUGGCCUAUUUUGUCGACGAGAUUUCCGACGAUAAGGAUUACACAAUUUUUCGUCUUGAAGCGCGAGCAUCUCGCUUAUUUUUCGAAAAGAAUGUCAUCGAUAAAAUCAGGCGUCGAGAAACCGAUAAUCUCACCGGAAUGCUCGCGCCGCCAAAGCGUGUCGAUGAGAAAAUCAAAAUCGAACCUAUGAUUAAGCCAACUCUCACGAAGCCCCCUUUAAGCAACAAUGAGCAAAUACAGCGAAAGAUUCUCGACUAUUUCGUUAAGUUCCCGUCGCAUCAAAACAACAACGACGGCGUGUCGUUCGAAACGCUUCGACGAUACGCCGGCAGUGGGACGACGGUCAAGAAUUUCAUGGACAAUGUCAACGCGCUCAUGGAUAAUGGGAAGCUCUACAAUACGUUCGACGACUAUUUCAGCAUUUUGCCGUGA